GCUGCUGCAGGUAUGAUGGUGGAUUUAAAUACUGUUUCAGGUAUGGUGCAGCCUCAGCCGGAUGGCCCCAUGCAGUGGGAGAUGUCCGGGGAGGACAGUGGAGGGGCCCUCAGGGUCCCACCAGAGCUUGCCUCCAAUGAAGUGGUGACCAGGUUACUGGGAGACAACCAGCAGCUCAGAGAGGCUUUAAGGCGGAGCAACCUGGCCCUGCGUCAGCGCUGCGAGGAGAUGGAGGGAUGGCAGCGGAGGACGAGAGAGGAGCGAGAGUUUCUCAGCUGUCGUUUCCAGGAGGCCAGGGCGCUGGUGGAGCGGCUGGCCCAGGAGAACCACUCCUUACAGGGCUUAGUGAACGGACCAGCACCCCCCUCCUCCUCGCCCUCCUCCUCCUACUUGUCAAACCAGUGCUGCAGCUCGAGUCAGACCGAAGAGCUGCAGGGACGCCCAGCCAGGAACGGACCGCUGGACGGACCUCAGACUCUGGAUCAGCGGGACAAGAAGAGAGUGGAGGAGACGGAUCGCCACACACAGACUACGCCCCCACGCAGCCUGGGCGAUGCCAGUGUGCAUAGCUCCCUGAGUAGCGCCCUCCUCUCUCCCCCAUCCUCUCUCCCAGAGGUGUGGGGGGAGAAUGGCCAGCCUGUCGAAGGUGCAAACGACUUCCUGCAGCUGCUGAAGAGCCACAAAGAAAAGCUGGAGGAAGGGAUGAAAGAGCUGAGGAAGAAGAACGAAGAGAUGGAGAGGGAGAGGGAGGAGGGAGAGAAAGAGAAAGAGCGAAUGAGGCGCUGCAUCGACCAGCUACAAGGAAAACUGGCCCGGGCACACGCGAGCAACAUAACUGAAGAGGCGGUUCCUCAUCGCUCGGAGGCUCAGCACUCCUCAGACUGGCAUCGUGAGCUGGAGGAGAAGCUGGAUUAUCUGCAGAAGAGUUCAGCUCAGCGGGACAGAACUGAAGCUCUGCUCAAACAGAAGGACAAAGACUGUGCUCAGAUGGCGAAGGACUGCGAGGCUCUGAAAGCUCAGGCUACGUCUCUGCUGGCAGAGCUGAACGAGAGGCAGAGCUGUCUGGACAAAAGUGAACACGAGCGCAAAGUGAUGGAAGAAAAGCUGUGCAGUAAGGUGAAGGGGCUGCAGGUGGCAGAGCGGGACCAGGAGCAGCAGAGGAGGCAGCACCAGGUCGCCAUGGACAAACUGCUGCUGCAAACACAGAGCCUGGAGCAGGCCCUGAAGACGGAGAGACAUGUAGUGGCAGAGGAGAAGAAGAAACUGACCCAGCUGCAGCACGCCUACACGUGUCUCUUCAGAGACUACGAUGCCAAACUGAAGAGUGAAGGGGGAGACCUGUGCAGUCGUCUGGAGGAGGCGGAGAGAGCGCUGGCUCUGAAACAGGACCUGAUCGAUAAACUGAAGGAGGAGGUAGAGCAGCAGAGAGGCUCUCUGGAGACUGUUCCUGUUCUCACUGCACAGGCUGACAUCUAUAAAGCAGACUUCUUAGCGGAGCGAGAAGCGAGAGAGAAGCUGAAUCAGAAGAAGGAGGAGCUGCAGGAACAGCUGACUCAGGCCCGAGCUGAGCUCGAACGGCACAAACAGGAAGCCACAUCACGAGCACGUAUGGAGCAAAUGAAGUUGAGACACCAGGAAGACUUCCCAGCACGGGCCCCACACAUUCCCCCUCCACAAGGUGUGUUUCCAGGUGCAGCCUUCAACACGGUGCCUCCCGCCCCGUCGUACCGUAACCAGGGGAUGUUACCUGUAGGAGACCAGGGAGCAGCUGGAGCCGAGGAGCUGCCAGAUUUAUGUUGUCCUAAGUGCCAGUACCAGGCUCCAGACAUGGACACACUGCAGAUACACGUGAUGGACUGUAUACAGUAACAUGACACACACACACACACACACAUAUGUACUAUACUUGCAGUAUAUUUACAUGUCUGUUCAGUCUGUCCGCUCACAGUUCCAUCUACAUCCACGAGAAACAUGUGACAGCUGCACCUUACUCUGUCUGACACAAACACACACACACACACACACACACACACACACACACACACACACACACACACACACACACACACACACACACACACACACACACACACACACACACUGUGGAUCGUACCAUCUUAACACGUUGGACUAAAGACGAGCGACUAUCAGACGACAGCAUGGAGACAGAGAUAAUCAGCGUGGUAUUUGUCACUUAAACUCUGCUGUAGCUUUUCAUCUCACUAUGCACUCUUUCUGUUUUAUUACCCAUCAGCCCCCUCUGCUUCUCUCUGAGAGGACACACCUCUCCUCUCAGUAUUUACUCAUGUAUCCUCCGUCAUACCCGUCAGUAAUCUUUGGGCCUAAAGUGAAAAAAGUUCAGAGGGUAGAAAACAUGAAUGUGAAUAAUUUAGUGAGCUUUAAAUAAAAUAGAAUAAUCAAUCUGUUUUGUUCACACGUGUUGCUGUCUGCAUUACCUCAAACAUGUAUUAUUAUUAUUACUCUGUAUUAGAGAUGGAUGUAUUUCAGCCAGUCUCUGUGUUCUGUGCCUGUGUACACCUUUGAAUGCACCACUGCUUAUCUGCUUACCCUGAACGCAGCGUAGCCCCUGUCUGUGCCCCCUGUGUGGUCUCCUCCUACCUGUGGCACCUGAAUGUGUCUCUGCAGGUGAGCACAGAGAGGCUCCCGCACAGUUUGUGUGAAUAUUGUCUGUAAGUAAAGAUCAUUUGGUGCAAAAAAUGUUUCAAGCUGUCAAAGAUUUACCAAAUAAACCAGUUAUUCAGAAGA